AAUGUGUUUUCUUCACAGUUUUCCUCCGUUCAUAUCUCUCCAUACCUCAACAAAUCAUACAUCCACAUUCAAAUCCCCCCAAUGGAAUCACGAAAAGAAGAAGAAAUUAGUAAUUUGUUCUCUGUUCACGACUUCAGGGGCAUGCCAUAAUCAUUCUCAUUGUCUGUUUCCGAUCACCAUCGUUUACUCUCCGCCAUCUACUCCUCUUCUCAUCUUGCGGUAUUGGAUGAAGAAGCUUUGUAGCGUUUCUCUCGUCGUGUACCUUCACAUCUUAUUGUAUUCUCUAGCCUUAUGGAAUUUCCGGUUUCGGUGGUUGGUGGACAGAAUUUGAGACGCGAUCAAGAAAUUAAGCGCCAUUUUCCCGUUGAUGGAGGGUUGCCACAAUGGCCGGUGCAUCUUCCCAUUGUCAAGUUUGCAAAUUGGGGAUUUGCAGUGCUAUCUUUCACGUCGCAACAUCUUCUUAGCCCCCGAGAGUAAAAAAUUUUAUAUAUUAGUCGACAACCGGCCAUGGUUGCAAGAUCUCAUCUCUCAUCCGGCACACUUGUGGCAACUGAUGGUCACCAAGUCCAGAGUGUCUCCCUUUGCCAAUACCAGAGGGAAGGAUAAAAGACCUACACGAGAGGCGCAAGCUAAACCAGAACCGAAUGAAGUCAAUUCAGAGGAGGUUAAAAGAUGGUUUUCUAUCGUUGAUACUGCAGCCUUAUCUAGGAAAAGUGCAUUAUUUCCUGUGAAGAAAUUGAAGGUUUUAUCACUAAGUAGCAACCUGAAUAGGACUUUAUAUGGCUUCAUUGUAUUUGAAGUUGCUUGGAGUGAUGUUCGUGGUAUAAACUAUUGUAAUGAACUCCAGACAGAUACUUCAUUUGCUCUAGAGGCUAAAUUUAUGAGAAGAUGGGAAUUUGAUAGUAUGUCACAAGCUGCUAGAUGUAUACGUUCGUGGUUCUCUGGGACUCAUGCUGAGCGAAGUACUAUGGCAGAGUAUUUGGACCCUACAAUUGGGGAGGAAUUUUAUGAUGCCCAAGUAAAUUUCUCAAGGAGCAGUGUAGUAGAUAACAAUGAUGCUACUGCUGAUAGUUUUAGUAAUGGAGCUAAAUAUAUCUGUUCAAGUAAAAGUUGCAUUGUGCUCCCUGAAACCAUAAAGGUCAGUGCAAUUUCAAGUAGGCCAUCUACUGCUAAUGGACCGUGUAAGAGAAGAAAAACUAUCAAUGACAGACUGGAAAUCUUUCAUGAUGAUUGUUGUUGUGAGCAGACUCCCUACUCAUCUACGUUUGAGGAUGACAAAGUUGAAGCUACCAAGUACAAGGACAUUUUAAUUUUGUUUCGGUUUAAUGAUCGUGAUCUCCCGUUUAAAUUAAAAGACAUUAUUAUGUCUGAUUUGCGGUUACUUACACUGUUGGAGUGUGGGCUUCCAUCAUGGGUCAUCUUCCUACAGUCCUACCCUGGGCUUUGCCAUAUCUACCGUCCGUGGAUGUGCCCCUUAGCAAGAUUCUUAUACGUUCUUAUUUCUGUCAUUACUGUUCUGAUAGGAUUUUAUGACCUGUACAAAAAUGUACCUCUCAUCAAAUCAACAGCUUCUCACGUGUUUGGACCUUUUUUUGAUUGGAUAGAAACAUGGGAAAUGAUAUCAAGAAUUAGAUACUUGGGGACAAUGUUGUUUCUCCACAAUUUUGAGAAGGCCUUUAAGUGGUUCCUCUCAAUGACACGUAUGGUUCAGUCGUUUUUGUCAAUUCUCACACAACCAUUUACUGGUCCGUUUUCCGAGUUUUUGGAAUUCUUCCUUCCGUUUUGGAACUUGUGUGAUCAAGCGGCGGAUAGUUUAUUUUCAAUAAUAUGGUUAGUUUUGGAGAGUUUGUUGAAUCUCGUAGGAAACAUUUUCGAGGUCCUACUAUUUCCAGUGUGGUGUAUCCUAUCAGUUUGUGGGACUAUUGGGACAUGCUUUUUGUACCCUAUAUUUUGGAGUCUCUGUGGAAUAAUUUAUGCUCCUAUUCGCUUGGUCAUGGCAUGCUACAGUCUUAGUGCCGGUGUAUGCUCUUUCAUGCAUGAAGUGAUUGUAGACUUAGGGAUGUUUUCGAGUAGUAUUCUCAGACUCACUUCAGAGGUUGAGUCCACGGUGACAGUGACCUCAGCUGAGGUGUCCGCAUGGCGUUCCCUCUGGAAUGACCUUUUCUCUCAGAUUUUUCGUGCUCUUCGAAGCAUUCUCAAUGGUCUUGUUGCCUUCCUCAUGGCCUGCAACCGACAUCGCUUAAGUAUUUAUAAUCACACAAAAGAGUUCAUUCAAAAAUUAUCACAAUCCAGUGAGAGAGGCCAGCUGACAGUUUACAGUGGACAUGUAUCAACAACACAAAUGUUGGAAGAUAAGUAGGUUCAGUAUCAGCACCUAAGAGAAUGUUCAGAAAAGCUGCAGAAGUUAUUGUAAAAACAGCAACAAUCUUUAGAGCAUGGGUGGUCCAGAAAUCUGAAUCGGAAUAUGUUGAAGAUUAAUUAUACCACACUAAAACAUUACUGAGGUAGGCUAAAUAUUAAAAAUGAAAAAUAUUACAACAAAAAAAUUCGACAAAAAAUAAAUUGUCCUAUGCUUCAGCACUAUAGCCUUAAAGUAAAUCCUCCCCUUCUUUUGAGUAUACUGAUGGGCAUAGCCAUAGCCAGGCCAGCUAGCAGGGUUCUAGUCGGGAGUAUCAUCUUUAUGAUUUCCCACAGUUGUUGAAGUCCACAACGGUGAAACCUUUUUCACAAACAUUGGCUGCUCACUUUAACAACAUUCCAACUUUUUUUUACUUUUAGUUUGCAUAUAUAUUGGUUAUGGUGGUUGAACAGUAAGUCUGUAACAUAUGUAAAUGAUGUACAUAUGCCUUGACUAUUUGUAAUUUGUACGGAGUAAAUGAUAGUCAUUUUUUAGGGUUAGUUACUUCUUAAGAUACUAAUUUGGUCAAUAUACACAUGUGCAUUCACUCCCCU